AUGCCAAUCAAGUAUGCCAAGAAUGACAAGCAAAGAGUGAGGGCUCAUUGUGCAGAUGAUUGUCCGUGGUAUCUUUUUGCAGCACCUGACAGUAGGACCAAGAGCUUUGUUGUCAAAACUCUUGCGGACCGUCACACAUGCACAAGGGUGUGGGAGCUAAAACAGUUCACAUCUAACUAUUUAGCUGCCAAAUAUAUGGAGAAUUUCAGAGCAGAUGACAAGAUGACCCUAAGGAAUUUUGCAAGAUUGGUGGAGAAAGACUAUGACAUGACUCCAUCAAGAAGCAAGAUUGCAAGAGCUAGAAGGCUUGCGAUGAGAGAGAUUUAUGGUGAUGAAAUAGGACAGUACAAUCUGAUACGGGACUAUGCAGGUGAGAUUAGAAGAUCAAAUCCUGGAAGCACAAUGUAUGUGAAUGUGAUUAAUGGUCACUUCAGCAUCACAUGCAUCUCAUUAGAUGCAUGUAAGAGAGGCUCCAUGACAAGUUGUAGGCCAUUUAUUUGCUUAGAUGAGUGCCACAUUAAGACCAAAUUUGGUGGCCAGUUGUUGACAGUUGUGGGCAUAGACCCUAAUGACUGCAUUUACCCCUUUGCCAUGGCUGUAGUGGAGGUGGAAGACACCAGUUCUUGGACUUGGUUUCUUAGCACUUUGAAGGCAGACCUAGGAAUUGAUAACACAAGCCAAUGGACAGUAAUGAGUGAUAGGCAAAAAGGGCUUAUCAAUGCUGUAACUGCUGUGUUUGCUGGCUCAGAACAAAGAUUUUGUGUGAGACAUUUAUACCAGAAAUUCAGCGAAACUUGGAAGGGAGAAAUUUUCAAGAACAAGCUAUGGGCCAUUGCUAGAUCCAAUAACAUGGCUGAUUGCACUAGGAAUAUGGAAGAGAUGAGGGCUAUGGAUGAGGAAGCUUAUGACUAUUUGGCAGCUAUUGACCCUAGUUCAUGGUGCAGGGCAUAUUUCAGUGAGUUCCCUAAGUGUGAUCUGCUGCUGAACAACAACUGUGAAGUUUUUAACAAGUAA